AAUUAGUUUAUAUGGUACUGCUUUUGGGAAGUGCUAAAAAAUAACUGGGAAAAAUGGAUUACAAUUUACAUAAAAUCUGUCGAAUAUGUCUUAAAGAGGGUGCCUUGACCUCCAUCUAUAGUACAGAAUUCAGUAUGAUGCCAUCGAGUAUGAUGAUGAUGUGUGCCAAAAUACAUGUUUACAAAAAGGAUGGAUUACCCGAAGUUAUCUGCAACAAUUGCAUAUACAGACUGGGGGUGGCAUUUACCUUUAAACAGGAGUGCGAAAAUUCGGAUAUACGACUGAGACAGUAUUUAGGACUUGCAGGUUAUGGUAUAUGUGAUGCUGAAACAAAUACUGAUAACAAUUGGUUGCCAUUGCGUAGUGCUACUAAAGUUCAUAAUUAUACAACUGGAAACUCCACAGCCUCAGAAGAUGAUGAAGAUGAAGAAACUAGACGGAACAAAAAGAAAAGCAAACGUCGAUCUCGUUAUCAACGAAAACCUCCAGAAGAGCACAAGAAACGUGGUCCCAAGCCUUUGCCAAAACUUCCACAGACUUGUUAUGAAUGCAACAAAACCUUUAAAUGCGCUGCACAGCUUCAGACGCAUAUACGCACACAUACUGGAGAAAAACCCUUCGAAUGUAGAUUUUGUCCCCGUCGCUUCACCCAAAAAUAUAAUCUCUUAAUACAUGAACGUGUGCACACUGGCGAUAAACCAUUGCAAUGUGAAAUAUGCUCCAAACAAUUUUCAGCAUUGGGAAAUUUUCAAUCUCAUCUCAAGAUUCACAGUGGCAUACGGGACCAGCAUUGUCCGGUGUGCCAAAAAUCAUUUUACACAGCGGGAGAUCUUUCCAAACACAUGAUUACCCAUACAGGUAUAAAAAAUCACCAUUGUGAUAUAUGUGGAAAAUCCUUUAGCCGUCAUCGUGAUAUGCAAGCACAUAAAAGAAAACUUCACCAACUGCCCAAUCUCGCAGAGCGUAGUGAUGAUGAGGAUGAUGAAAUAGUUGAUACAACAGUGGUCAAUGAUUCUUUCAAAUGUCCCGAUUGCGAUAAGGAAUUUGAUUCGGCUGGUAGUUUAAGUGUACAUUUUCGUACACAUGGAACAAAUAAUUUAUUAAAUCUACCACUAAUGGGUCAUACACAACCCUUACCAACAUUGGGACCACCACCACCGCCUAGUCAUCCUCAUCAUCAUUAUCAUCAUCAUACGCCUGGAACAACUUUGGGACCACAUCAUCAUGAUAGUUUACAUGCGCAUCACAUAGGUUUAAAUGCAAAUCCAGCCGGGGGCAUGUCCAUGGCGACUCAUAUCAUGGGACCACCGCCGCAUCCAACACAUACAGGGCCACCGCCGCAUACAUUGUCGACAGCUGGACCACAGGCACUGACCACAAUGAUGCACACGGCGCAAAGGUUGCAUCCGUAUUGAGGGAAAUUUAAAUAUAUGUAGUUUGAAUAAAUCUAGAGAUAUAUUUGA